AUGCUGACGUCGAGUCCCCUGGCCAAGCUCCUCGAGCAAGACCGGGUGAAGUCGUUUCUUAAUUCCGAUCUGGCGCUUGAUGUGUUGCUUACCCGGCUAAAGCAGCUGCUUAAUACGGGUGAGGAAUUUGCUCGCUACAUCAAGAAGAAGGCCCAAGUCGAGGACGACCACUAUACCCAGUUGAAAAAGACCGCUGCCCAUACUCGCCAAGUGUCCGCCAACAAUGGAAAGCUCAAACAAGACUCGUUUUCUCGUCAAUUCGAUAAGAUCGUGGAGUUCGACGACACCCAAUACGGUGUGGGCAACGCCUACGUUAAGGCACUCAAUGUCAUGUUUGAUGAACUCAUGAGUUUAGUCGACACAGUUCUGAGACUGAGGAAGAUGAUUAAGGAAGAAGGCAAGCGUAAGGAAAAAGAGUGUCAGGACGCCAUUGUCGCCGCAGAGAAGGCAAAGUUGAAAUAUUUUCAUCUUGCUGAGGAUCUAGAUCGACUCCGAACUGCUGAUCCAAACAAAAAGCUGUUCAGUUUGCGGAACCGACUGGUCACGCAACAGGAAGAAGACAUGCAACGUAAAGUGAAUGCUGCGGAUCAAGACUACAAAAUGAAGGUCACCACAUGCAAGAAGCUUAAAGACGAAAUAAUGGUAUUGCAUCGACCAAACAAUUCGAAAAAACUCAAAGAACUCAUUUUGCAAAUGGACAUCGCCAUGAAUUUGCAAUUGCAAAAGUAUGUUACUUGGAAUGAGAACUUAAUCAUGAAUCUGGGGGUUUUGGCGGUGCCUUUAGGAGGCACUAAGCCGAGUUUGCGUGAAAUUGCUCUGGGGGUUGAUAACGAGAAAGAUUUGUACGACUACUUGAUGAAGCACGAGCGGGCUCCAAAUUCCACCAAAGCAUUGCAACCAGUUGAGUAUCAAGUGCAUCCACUGCUUGCUAAAUACCUGAAGGCAACGCAACCAAAAACAUUCUUGAAUAAGCCUGAUCAUACAACGGUUCAGGCUCAUGUUCCCACUAACAAUGGCACAAAUCUGGUUCCUCCCUCCAAUUCCGGCCCAUCAUCUGGGUUCGGGACCUCUGCCACAAGUACUGCUGCUGGCGCUGUUACUGGGGCUGCCACGGGCGCUGCUAUUGGCGCUGCAGCUUCACCAGCAUUGCCGCCCUCCUAUCAGUCUACCUAUGAACCGCCCUCGACAUCAACUCUGGCUCCACCAUCUUCCACCCCCUACCCAAUGUCGAACGAGCAAGAUGAAGAAGAAGAUGGAUAUAUGUACUCUUCACUUGAUCCUCUGGCAUCGGGAACUCCUAAAAUUGGCGAACUUACCGGACCCAAACCAUUAAACCUCGCUCAACCUACCUUUGGAGUGUCUGUUGAAGAAGUGAUUACGUUUGCUGGCAUCGAUAAUGUUCCUCUCGUGGUGAAACGAUGCAUUGAUGUCAUUGAGCAGUAUGGGAUGGAUAUUGAGGGGAUUUAUCGUACGCUGGGUUCAAAAACAACUGUCCAGCAAUUGCGUGACCAAAUUGAUCAAAAGUACACCAAUUACCUCCUUAUUGGUCUGAAUAUCGAUGAAAGAAAUGUGUUAGAUGGUGACAUUUAUUGCGUGGCUUCGUUGUUGAAGCUUUAUUUCAAUUUAUUACCUGAGCCGUUGCUUACACGUGAGUAUUGCCAGCUGUUUAUCGAGACUGUAAAACUGAUGGACGAAACUUACAUUGCUAAAAAGAUGCAUCAUCUUGUGUUCAAGCUCCCUGAUGGAGCUUACUUCACUCUUCGGGCUCUUAUUUUCCAUUUGAAUAAGGUUGCUGCUCAUGAGAAGAACAAUCGUAUGAAUGCAAAGCUGUUAGCGAUCAUAUGGGGCCCAGCCAUUCUUAACGAUGAUUCGUUGAACCCUCAAGACUUGGGCUAUAAGUCUAAGGUUGUGGAGGAGUUGAUGCGUAUCGCUAAUGAUAUUUUUGACACCGAUGAUGAAUAA